AUGCACACCAUCCUCACCCUCCUCCUCGCCGGCACGGCCGCCGUCGCCGCGCCCCUGCAGCCCCAAGCAACCAACGCAACGUGCCUCGAGCGCUCGCAGCAGCUGCAGCACUGGAACAUCGAAAACUUCGACUACCACGCCUCGUACAUCUUCACCAACCCAGCCCACCAAAACUCCCACGGCUACGUCAACUUCACCCUCGCCAACCCAGCCCUCGAUGCAACCGCCACCUGCACCGCCUCCUCCUCGCAGCUGUCCGAGUUCUUCUACGGCAACCAGGUCUUCCACUGCGACGUGCCCUCCUCCCUCGGCGGGCCCGCGACGUUCACCUACUCACGCACCACGGGUGAUCUCCAGAUCAGCCAGACCUGGACGUGUCCCGACGAGCAGGCGCGCUUUUCGGCCGUGGGUGGCGUCACGCUCGACCUCGACUGCCGGGACGAGACGUGGCAGAACCCGGACUGGGAGCAGGGCCAGCUCUACUCGGUGCGGACGGUGACGUGCGAUCUCGUCGAUGCGCAGGCCCCGAUUCGGGAGAUUAGCGGGAUCCGCAGGAAGGUCUGA